AUGAGAUUCAAUUUUAUCUCAAAGUAAAAAAUGAUUGCAUUGUUUGAAUAUACUUUAAACUUGAAAUCAAAGGUACUUAUAUUGUAUUUAUGUUUUAGUUGAUUGUUAUGAAGAGAUAUUGGAUUAUUUGCUCCUAAAUAAAACAUAUGCAAAUAUUUGAUAUGGAAUUUAAUUGA